GCCGGGCACCCGCCUGCGGGCGCGGGAAUCACCGCCGCCCUCACGCGUUCGUGGGGUGGACUGGGAGACGAGGAGACUUUCACUGGUGAUUAUCAUGAAACUCAUUCUUAAAGGAUGCUUCAAUCAAAAAGAAAAUUAGAAAGCCCACCUGGCAUUUGCUGUGGUCACAUAGAGGCACCAACAUGUCAUUGAGUCAAACAAGACCUUGAAAAUCACAGCUGGUGGAGCUUCAUGUUUUUUAUGUCCCAGCAGAAGUGUGGAACUUCAAGCUGAAUACAGUUCCUGUAGCUCUUACUAGCAAAUUUGUCUCAGCGGGAUUUAUAAGGGUGUCUCCUCACAUCACAUUAAGAGUGCUGUGGGAGAGGCUUGGAGAGUACCUGGGUGGAGUGACAAAUGCAGAUAAAUUCAGAUUUUUGAAAUGCACUGGGAAAAAACUAGCAGUGGUGAAAGCAAAGCAAGAAACAGAACUGGAACUGAAGUGAUUUGCUCCUCCUUAUGCACUUUAUCCUGAAUUAUAUUUAUUACCUGGAGUGGAAUAUUUUGAAGAUGUUUAUUCAUUACCAUCAUAAACUCAACAAAAACAUCACGUUAUUGAAGAAGCUAAUAGGUUUGGUCAAGAUUAAGAUGGAUCAAGAUUAUCCAGCCUUUCCCAGCAGAAACCUGAAAAAAGCAAACCAUUUUUAGAAAGUAUACAAAGCAGGCAUCAGGUAGAAUAUCUAGAAGUGGGCUGUCCUGUGGAAUGGGGUGAAAAAGAACCUGUUCCAGUUUCACACACAAAUAAUAAGCAAGACAAUAACAGCAGGAUUCCAGAAACACAAUUUGGAGAAAAAAAUUGAAGUGGAUCUGAUGGAUCUCUCUUCAUGCCAAGUCAUUCAAAUCCUGCAGAUCAGGAGACUGGAAAGUGUGACCUGGUAUUCCAGACCUCUGACUCUGAUCUCAGCCCAGAUCAAGAAGACUGCAAUGCUCCAAAGUGGAAUGGCAAAACCAAAGGAACUGCUCUUUCUCAUGUAAACGCCAGUGACAAACAAAGCCAGGAACUAGGAAACAUGGAAAAUAAUGAGUACCAAAAAGAUACCAAAUUAAGAAGAGACAGAACACAGGAUGCUGAAAUUCUUAAAAUAAUGGAAGACCAAACUACAGAUUAUGUCCACAAAAAACAAAGCUUGCAGCAAAACAGAACUAAGAAGACUAGAGUUGGUCUUGGUGAAAAACUGGAUAAUCAGGCAAAUGAAGACAAGCAAAAUCAUCUUUCUUGUCCAAAAGGGUAUAUUUCACCUCCUAGUCCACCACUUUUGGCACUUACUGUAAAUCCAGCUCAAGUUCCUGCAGUUCCAGCAGCGAAAAACAAGAUGAACAAGAUGGUAGAAGAAUUGCAACAAAUGAAGAAAGAGAGAAGGCACAUGGAAAAAACUAGAGAAGAACUGAUCAAAAAAGCUAAAGGGCUGCUGGAACAAAAUAAGCUGAGGAGAUACCAUGUUCCUGAGGAAUGGGAGAAAAAGUACUUUCAAGCUAAGAAAGCUACAGUUUCACUGGAGGACACUUUAAACAAACUGCAAUAAGAUUUAGAGCUUUACCAGCAGAAAUUGCUCUUGCAAUUGGAAGUUAGAGAUAGCAAAAAACAACCAAACAAUACAACAACCUCCAAGAAUUACACAAUCAUCCGGAUUGCUACAGUGCAGCAUGAACUCGAUCAACUGAGAAGAAAGCUAGAUGAUACAAAAAUGAGACUCCUAAUAGGAAUUAAGAUGAGAAAGCAGGCAGCAUCUGAUUUACGAGCACUGAGAGCGGAACUGACACAGAAGAAGAUUCAUUCAGCUUUAAUUCUCCAGUCCAGAAAAUCAAGAAUUUAAAUAGAUGCCAUGACUAACCUCUAUGAAGUUGACAGCAGCUCUCUAGUGUAUGUAGAAGAGAAUUCCAGAGCAUUUGUGUGUAUGUUCCUGAAGUUAUUUUGUAAAAAUGCAAUAACUAUUUAAAUGUUGCGGAAUUUGUAUACUAGGCUACUGAGGUAAUGCAGCUUACUUCUUUUUAAAUCUCACUGUAAGAUUAGUCAGCUACUUAAACAUACAGUUUAAGCUAGUAACGUGUCUAAAACUAAUUGUGUAACAUCCCAAUGGUAUGCUGAAGUUCUUUGAUGAACUAAAUAGCUACUAAGAAAUAAACCUAAAGUCUGUAACCUCCUGUUCUUAUUUUCAGGCCUACAUAUCCCAUUUUUUAGAAAUUAUUAAAAUAUGGUUUCUGUAGAGGUACAACAGUAAUCCUUUAUUUGGCUAGUUA